AUCGGGCAUAUGCAGAACAACAUGAGCUGGCUGCUCAGGCUAGUUUACCUGGUGUCUUACAUCACAACAUAUCUACCCAUCUGUCAUUGCCACUCUCGUUUGGAGGGACAUUUUACCAACCAAGGGAAACAGUCUGUUAAGGUGGAUUUAGAAAACAUCCUCGAAAAAAGACAAGUCCGAGAUUUGUUGGCUUGUGCCAAAGUGUGUGUUACGCUUCCACAAUGCAACGCACUAUUUUACAACAAAGCAUCACGUCAAUGUGUUCUACACAAGAACCUAAUUGAUUCACUUAAACCAGAGGACAGAGGAGAAUGGAGAUUCUGGCGACGUCAGAAUCCUUACACAGAUAUCCUCAAUAAUAAGACGCCAUAUAUGUUGGUGUUUAUGAUUCAUAGCAACGUGUCUCCAUACUGGGUUAACCUUGAUACAGAAGAAUGGGGAUCAGUGGAGCUACCAAGAACUCAUUUUUUGAACACUCAGGUUAAUCAAGCAGCUUAUGAUGAUGAAACAGGAAUAAUGUAUGUUGUUCCAGAGCAAAAACUGAUGUCCUUCAAAAUCCGAAGUGUGAAAGACAUAAAAGAUGCCAAAGGGAAAGAAUAUUUGCAAGGAGUUCCAGUAUCCGGGAUAGGCUAUGACAAGAAUCAAAAACGCCUUUUUCUUAUGAUUGGACGCGGCGUAGCAACUAUGAAGCCUGAUGAAGAUGAAGAUAAUUAUGACAUGUUGUGGAAUGGAGUUUUACAGAGUCAUGAUUCGUUGUGCAAGAUAGCGGUGGAUACCAAGAAACAGUUCAUUUACUUCCAUAGUCGAGCAAUAAAGGGCAUAUUUCGCUGUAACUACAGAGGGAAAGGGAAAAAAGUAUUCAAGUCUGCGGUCAGUGAGUGGAUAUCGCUUGACUUUGAAGGCCGCUGUCGCACAACGUAG